AUUAAUUAUGACUUAUAAUAACUUUUUCUUUGUAUUUAUUACUGUGUUAUUUACAUUAUUUCUUAUAAUUACUGCAAACGAUGAUGAGAUAAAGAGUCUUCCGGGUCUCUCAGAACCGAUUAAUUUUAAGCAAUAUUCCGGUUAUUUGGAUAUAACUGAAGGCAAACAUUACUUCUAUUGGUUCGUUGAAAGCCAAAAGGAUCCCGAGAACGCACCGGUAGUCCUAUGGCUGAAUGGAGGGCCCGGUUGUAGUUCACUGUUUGGAAACCUGGGAGAGAACGGACCCUUUCGAGUGAAUUCCGAUGGGAAGACCCUGGUGUUGAACCCUCACAGUUGGAAUACUGUGGCGAAUGUCAUAUAUCUUGAAUCUCCGGCCGGAACUGGAUUUAGUUAUAAAGACGACGGCGUCUAUAAUAAUACUGAUAAGUCUACGGCAGAGGACAACCAUUUAGUAUUAGAAGAAUUUUUCAAGAAAUAUCCCAAUUACAAGAAAAACCCAUUUUAUAUAACGGAUGAAAGUUAUGCCGGAGUUUAUAUCCCAAUGUUAGCCCAACAGAUAUUCAACACUAAAUCUGCGAUUAAACUAAAAGGUGUUGCCAUUGGAAAUGGAUUAUUAACUGGAACUGUAUUUGACCAGUCAAACUAUGACUUUGCUUUAGCCCAUGGAUUACUAACCACUGAUUCAUAUGAAAAAUUGAUUGAAAAUUGUUGUGAAUGUAAAACGGGUCGA